AUGGCGACCAACGGACAGCUAUGCUGCCAAAGACACGAUGUAUUCGGUAUUCAAGAAGAUACCACGAGAUCGAAGCUACGCGCCCUUCCAAACGAGUUGCUAGUCGAAAUUCUCACCCAUCUUCCUAUUGAUACCCUGGUCAGGACAGCAACAGUCUCGCAGCGCUUUCGGGAUGCGGUGGAGCAUGCCCUGAAGCCUCAGCUGGUAGCGAUAUCCAGACGCACUGAUAUUAAGCUGAUGCUCCUUUGUGCUUCUCCGGACUCUGUACAGUUGCGGGUCAGAUGCAAAUACCUGCGUACUUCGGGCCUAAGUAUCGAUACCGACGAUAUGAUAAGGUCUGGAACAACGAUUAUGCACACAAUCUACCGCCCCGAAGCACUUGCGCCUGAAAGCAUGCCCGUCGAACCAACCAUAGGUAGCAUCAUCAUGCUAGUUGGGGGAGAUGACGUGGUUCGGGCUAGUAUGAACGAAACAGCACAUAAAGGAUUUGCGACUCGGCGGGCUAUCCUCGAGGAUUACGAGAGCUUUGUUCAGCUUCGUGUCAAACUAAAUUUGGUGAUUGCAGCAAAGGAGCUAUUCAUUGCACCUGCUUUUAUUAUUCACGACGGGAUGAUUCGCCUUGAUCGAGAAAUGUUGGAAAACAACAGAGAAGAGCUGGUGUGGAUGACCUCAGACAAAUCUGUAGGUCUCAGAAUACAGGCUUUCGAAAAGGCGGUCGAGGAUGACGCCAAACAAUUCGAUUUGGAGAUACAGGCCAUCACUCCACUUCUGCCUUCCAAGUCCCCGCCGGCUUCUUCCCCCUUCUACCUCGUCAACUACAUUGCGCUGGACUGCGAUAGCCUCGCUGACUUGCGCUUUUCCAACGUGGCAUUCACGGCGAACCCCGGCCACGUGGUUGCUAUGGAAUCCCUUCGAAAUGGAAGUAUUGCCAUUGCCAAUACUCCCACUCCAGUUCGGCGGACUCGAGUGGCUUGCAAGGCAUGCAAUGCUAGGCGGGUCAAAUGCGAUGCUGGUGACGGACAGCCCUGUUGGCAUUGUCGCAUGAGACAAAUCCCUUGCAAAUUGAUAGACUCUAAGCGCGGCAAAUAUACUCGAAAGGGCCGCGAUUCCGAUCGAGAUCAACAUGCGCCUCGAAAGAGUCGAAGGAAUAAUGCCAGUGCGAAUGAGCAAGGGUCUCCUCGCAACAAUUCCCAUAACUCCCAACAAACUGCAUCGGUCUCACCUUCCGGUGGUGUCCUUCGGCAAGAUCCUAUCCAGAGCCACAGCAAUGAAACGGAAAGACUUGGACUAGGCUCGUCACAAGACCAAACAAGACAGCUGAUAUCUGUCCCACAGAACAGCGACAGCGGCGGACUACAACAUACUCGGCCAGAGAGCCGUACGGAUGAUUUGGCCACUUUACAUUAUGUUAUUGAGCUAAGCCAUCGGCCUGCAGGUGGCUCGACCGAGCCGCUGACGGUGCAUCAUCCAAUACCUGAAUCUAUCGCAGAUAAACCGGGGCUUGAAUCCAGUCAACUUGAGGCUCCAGUAUCCUUACAGGAGGCUCUGACACUACCAGAACCCGAUAUUCUCCACCGAUUGAUUUACACCUUUUUCGAAAAAAUACAUCCUGCUUAUCCGGUUUUUGAUCGAGAGAAUCUUACUCGGUCAUACUCGUUAGGCCAAGCAUCUCCGUUAGUACUACAGACCAUAUGCCUCCUCGGUCUCACUAUUGGAGGCGAUGAUCUGAUUCGUGCAUCGGGCUUUACUGACCGGGCCACAGCUCGGAAGACCCAUUUUCUGCGAGCAAAGGCCCUUUACGAUGCCGAUUAUGAGACUGAUCGCAUGAACCUAGCAGCAGUGUUGCUGCUAUUUGGCUUUUGGUGGGCCGGGCCCGAUGACCAGAAAGAUACCUGUCACUGGGUUGGAUGUGCAAUCACCUUCGCACAGUCACUAGGGAUGCAUCGCUCGUACGAUGUCACAAUCGUCAAUAAGCCCUCGAAUGAAAUCUUUGCGGAAACGAAUAUGACCAGGGACAAACAUACAUCGGCAGCUUUUGGACGACCUUGCCGCAUUCGUGACGAAGACUGUGAUGUCGAAGAACUUACCGAGGAAGAUUUUGAGUUCGACAUCGGCUACGACCAGGCCCUCAUACCAGCUCAGGAAGCAUACCAGGUGUCAUAUGUCCUCGAGAUGAUACAACUAGCAGCUAUACUCGGAGACAUUCUCAUCGGGGAAUACAGUCCCCGUCGUCCUCCGCUAGAAAAGUACGAAUCAGGUGCAUUACACCACAGACUUGUGAAAUGGGAGUCAAAGGUACCCAAAAGUCUUCAGAUAAAAUCUUCUGAAGCAUGUACGAAAGGGUCCUUCUGGGGGUGCAUGCUGCAGAUUUCCUUCCAGGCCAUUAAAGAUGUCUCCCCAGCCGAAGCUGAAAGUGAUUCGCGGGCGCGGAAUGCUGCUGAUCUCAUUACUCGCUUUGCAGAGGACCUAUUGGCAACUGGGAUGAUACAUUCGGGCCUUAUUCAUCUUGUCCCCGCUUUAUUCUCCGCACUUUCAAUUCAUACAAUUGUGAUUUGCCGAAAAGACUCAAUCCAGCGCCAAUUGGCCGAGAACAAAUCGCGACAAUGCAUGUUAGCCUUGAGCGUUAUAGCAAAGUCCUGGCCAGUCAGGAUAUGGAUCUCAAAAGCAUUCGUCAAUCUGAUGAAACGGCUGACAGGCCAAGGGCAGAACCUCAAUGGCCCGAUUGUGAACGUUUCAUCCAGUAUCUUGACCACACCCUAUAAUGGGUCAUCAUUAAAGCAAACGGAGCAAUGGAAUAUGGCUUCGGAAAGAUCCCAAAACAUUACGAAUCAAGCCGCCCCAAAUAUGCUGGAGCCGAGCUCUCAUUGCACAUGCAAUAAUGGCGCUAAUUCUGGCGGCCUCCAUGCGCAAGGAUGCUUGUGGCAAGCGCCUGAUCAGUUUAUACAUGAUUCACUAUGGGUUGGGUAUCUUGAUAAUGCGCUCGAUGUUGAUCUGUCCCUGCAUGACGGCGGUGGCUUUACUCAAUACAUGUCCUUCGAGGGUACCGGUUUAGGAGGUCAAUCAGCCGUGGGCGAUGUAUAG